GAAUUUUUAGACAGUCAUACAUGUACAUGAUUGUAUCACAUGUCGUACUUCAGAAAGUGUUCAUAAUAGCUUUUUCCUUUGCAUUUUUCUUUAGUCUGGCUGGUGGAAAGCCUCCUGCAAUGCCAGUGUUUGAUGGGUGGAGAGAUUGUUUUAGUUAUCUCAAAAAAACGGGGAACUUGUGGCGUGGAUGUAGCAUUUUUCAACGGGUGUUGACAAAACCCGGAUCAGACCUGAUCGGACAAAACAAGACGUUGAAAAAACCCGAAUCAGACGGGGUGGGAUCAAGGAUCGGAUCAUGGAUCGGAUCAUUGAUCGGAUCAUGGAUCGGAUCACAGAUCGGAUCACAGAUCAUGUGAGCGGAUCAUGUUAAUUCAAAUUAGAAAUUUUGCGUGACAAGUUAUUACAUCACAGGCGACGAGCGGGGGAAAAAAAAGACCGAAAUACGAGUGGUCAGCGGUGAAACUAC